GAUAGGCUCGGGCUUUACGCAUGCGCGUAGAUUAAUCUGACGGUCAUUCAUCCGCUCUUCCUAUUUGUAAGAGGUUUGUGUCAAGGUGCGAUCGUUUUUUCUUUUUUUUGAUAGAAGGAAUUCCAAAACGGAUUGGGCUGAGUUUUAGUAAAUAACACUCAACAUGACGUCCCGUGGAGGUUUCAAGGCGGCUGGUACGAAUAAAAGUGACUUCAAACCAACCAGAGCAAGGCCUUCAGCACACUCACAUUACCAGAUGAGCUCGCCGCUGAAGUCUGAAAUCCGCAAGUUGAACUUUGUUCACCUGGCCACCUGGCUCCUGGUGGCGGCCCAGGUCGCCGUCAGCCACCUGGACCUGGUCUCCCACGCCACGGUGUCAAUGCCCUUCCAGUGGCAGUACCCCUACCUCCUCAGCAUGCUGCCCCUGGCCACCAGCAGCAUCUCCCUGCCCAAGAACAACAUCAGCUACCUGGUCAUCUCCAUGAUCAGCUCGGGCCUGUUCUCGGUGGCGCCGCUCAUCUACGGCAGCAUGGAGAUGUUCCCCGUGGCCCAGCUUCUGUACCGGCACGGCAAGGCGUACCGCUUCAUUUUCGGCUACUCGGCAGUCACCAUCAUGUACCUGGUGAUGCUGGUGGCGGUGCAGGUGCACGCUUGGCAGAUCUACUACAGCAAGAGGCUGUUGGACUCGUGGUUCGACGACACUCAGGAGAAGAAGAAGAAAUAAAGGGGGUCGAAGGUGGAAUUGCUGUAUUUAUUUUAGAUGAUUUCGUUUAUUUUGAGGAAAAGAAAACUAUAUGCAUUCAUGUUUAGUAUUUUUUUUUAUGAAACCCAGAAGGUUUAGAGUUGUAGGCCUGGAAUCUGCAUUGAAACAGUUGACAAGAAAUACUUGAAAAUACUCUGACUUUAUGGCUACGUCAAUUACAUUUUCAAAUUUAGGUGAUGCCUCAAAACUACAUUUUUGAUCAAGUCAAUGUACAACACGUCAAAAGACAACAUAUCAACUGUAACAAAUAGAUCCACUUGUAGGCCUACUGACAUCUGUAUAUUAGGAUAGUCUAAGCCAAGGAGUAGUAUUUGUCUUGUAAUAUACACAAGAUUAUUCAUAUUUACAAUAAUGAAAACAAGGCUAAAUGUAGGACGUAUUACUUGCCUAGCUGUGACAGAGACCUCCUGGGGUUUUUCUUCUUUCCAUGAUUUACAAUAUGCUGGGCUUUCCCCGAUACAUUUUUACCAUUCUAAAAUAAAGUAUAAAUAACAGCAA